AUGGAUUUGCAGGCAACAAUCGAGUUUGCUGUUGAAUUAUAUAAAUUUUAUAAUGUUGACUUGUUUCAGAGGGGGUUAUAUCAAGUUAGAUGUUCACUUAAAGUGUCGCCUGGAAAGUUGCCUAUUCAACUCGAGACCUGCAUACCCGAACAGAAUGCCAACACAACACCAACUGGUCCAUGUAUUAUUAACGGUGCUGGUGCUUCAAAAGUCUUUCAAAUCCUCUACCGAAAUGAGGAAGUUUCAUUGCGUGAUGUGAUAAUGUUUAGAGCCCAUUUAUUAGUUGAUAGUCGACAUUUAAAGGAAUGCAUAGAGCGAGCUGAAUUUUCAUUGAAUUUAGAAUUAUGGUUUGGUGAACAGCAGCAACAGCAACCGCAAACGCAACAGCCAGAAACCCCAACAACAUCAAAUGAAAUAAACUUAGAUGAUACGACACUCAUACUUGCAUCAACGAGGACUUUACAACUCAAUUUUCAUCCUGCACGAGGACUUCAUUAUCAUCUGCCCGUACUUUUUGAUUACUUUCAUCUAGCUUCUGUCAGUUUGGGCAUACAUGCGAGUUUAAUUGCAUUACAUCAGCCUUAUAUAAAUGCACCAAAAAGCAACAAACCAUGGAUAGGAAGUGGAAAGUUAAAUUGUCGUGGUGCAACAUCACCCGGACCGAUGGAAGCAAUCUUUUUUGGUCCGCAAGUCAGUAAUUCAGCAAAAUGUGGAGGCGGCUCGAGUUCAAGGCUCGCUCAUGCUCGAAUAAUUCAUAAAGAAAUUUGUGCCUUAUUAUUGGGCGCUCUCGAAUCACUGCGGACAAAUUUAUGUGAAUUUUGUACAGUGCUUCCAGCACAAUGGGCUACGUUAACCGGCUCAACACAACAAGUAUCGACAAUUGAAACAGAACAGCGAUUGCACAAACUCGUAGAUGCUGCAAAGGCACUUGAUAAUGAGGAUGAUUUUGCAGCAAAAGCCAAUUCAGACGUAGCACAAUUAUGUGCAGAAUGCAUAUUAUUUUGGCGUCGAACGCUCUCAACUGCCAAUCAACCAUCCGUACAUGCUCUUCUUGCCAAAAAGCAUCAUAUUUUACGUGUACGUCGCUUUGCUGAGGGUUUCUUUGUGAUCGAUAAUCCACGUCAUCUGGCAACGGGUAGUAUAGAUUCAAAUUAUCACAAUUAUGGCAUGAUAUGUGAAAUGGCGAGGCGUUCUAAAUAUUUAAGUUCAUUGCCACCAUUACCAGUUCAUUGUGUUCCGUUGGAUGGUGACCCGACCUCAUUGCCAUUGAUUUUUGAGGAUAGAUAUCAGGAUUCGACAGAGACAAAUCGACGUAGAACUGGAAGUGAUCCACACAUCAAUAAUAGCAGUCUUCAUAUUCAUUGUACAAAAUCAACAUCAAAGCCAUCCGGAGGUUUCAAUUGUACCGUACCAGCAUUAGUAAAUGGCAAAGAGUGUUCAUGUGGGUUGAGUAGUCAAUGUAAUGGAAAUAUUUGUGGAUUUUUAGAGCCAUUACCGAAAUUAAAUGCAAAUAGUUUAAUGGGUGUUAUGACACCUCGAUUUGCACUUGGCAGUGAUGUCCUUCAAGCGAGCUUAACAAUCAUACCUGCCGCAGCACAAAAUGGUCUACGCGGUCGAACAUUAUCGAGGCAUUCUGUGUCAAAUGUUCUUGAACCGGAGCCACAAACGUGUCAUGGAUUUCGUGAAAUUUAUAUCCCUGGGGCGGCUUGUACGUUACCAACACGACAUAGUAAAUCACUUGAUCAAUUAGAGACACAACAAAAUCUCAUCGUUAACUCAUUACCAAGACAGAACACGAUGAAUAGUCAACAUAUUAAUUUAAUUACGAAACCUCAAGCGCCAGUACUGACGUAUCAUCAACAACAGCAGCAGCAAGCACAGCCAAUCUACGCAACGACAACAAAAAAGAAAAAUACAGCUGAAGAUUUGUUAAAGAAUAUAAAUGAGCUUAAAGAAAAGUAUAGGAAUCCCAACGAAUCGAAUGGUGGAAGCAAAAGCUUAGCAAAAUUGACGAAUGAUGUUCAUCCCAACAAGUUGACAAAUGGCCCUAUUAACCAUCAAAAUCAGACAACAACAAUCUUCCCCAAAGAAAUUCAUUUGAAUUCAAACACAAAUGUCCUUACAUUAAAUCGUAUCACAUUAAGCUCUAAUAAAAAUAAUCCCAAAACAGAUUACGUGCAUGAAUUGAAGCUAAGUAACAAUAACGGUAAUAAUAGUCAACAUGGCAAUGGUGGAAGUACCAAUAAUCAACAUUCAUGUUAUUACAAUUCGUUGCCAAAGCAUGCUGGUAUGACAAUUCCACCGAGAAAUUCCUUUCCACCUAUACGUGGCAAAAAGAGCGGAAAAUCCUCAUCUAAAGCAUCAACGACGACAAAUGUAGGAACAACGAACAAAAAUAAUAAAAUGAAUAUGAAUACAAUUCCCCGAAGUAAUUCAUCUCAAGCCCUAAGACAACAGAAUGGCAAUAAUGGUACGGUUGGAAAGGACCGCAACGAAUAUUCGAGAGCACGCAUGAAUGAAUUUAAAAAAGUAAUAAAUCAACAAAAUGAGAAAUAUACGAAUGGUAAUGAGUCGAGUAGUACGGAUCAAAGCACAACAAUUACGCCAAAACGAAGAAGUAAAAGGCUCUUAUCGAGUAGAAGUGUUCCUUUUAAGCUUGAAUUACUCGAAACCGAUCAAAAUGGGCCACCCGGUUUCAGCGAGAGCUUACCAAAUUUAGCACCUCCACCUCCAGCAUUCUCAAAUUCGCCACCCUUAUCGAUGAAAUCAAAGAAUCGUGCAAGUAGUAGUGAAUCUACAUCAUCAUUAAGCGAACAAAGCGGUUGGGUGUCGAGUCAUCGGAGCAGCUUACCGUCAUCACCGGAAACAUAUAGGAACGAUCAACAGCGUUCAUUUAAUGGUGAACAACUGCGUAAGAAGUUAUUAAAAUUACUCGAGGAACAGCCACAGAGAAAAGGUUCGGUCGAGAAGAAGAAAAACAUUUCAGGACGUUCUGUUAAUGACGGCAAUAGUAACAACAAUGGAAAUCAUCUACAGCAAAAGCGUCAUAGUAGUGGAAAUGCAAUUGAACGGAACAAAUCACUAACAUUCAAUGGGAAGUCAUCAGGAGCGUGGGAGAUAACCCAAACUAAUUGGGUUGAGAAAAUUCCACCGAUUGCUUCAUCGCCCCAAAAGAACAUUAUCAACAUUAAUAAUGGUAAUAAUAAGAGUGACUUAAAAACGGAUGAGAAAUUCUUCGAUAGACAACUGACAUUGGACAGUAAGAUGAUUGGUGGAAAUAGACGUUCACGAAAGCCAUCUGAAAAAUCAAAAUCAGAAUUUGAUCUGACAUCAAUAUCCAUGGAUCAGCCAUUUGAAAAUCUUCGUUUGCCACCUCCACAGCAAUUUCGUGAUUUACUUCCACCCGAUGAGUUUCGUGAUCCACCAUCAAUAAAUGAUGAUGAUGUAAAUGAGAAUGAGAAGGUUAAAACACCACCGUCGGCUGUGAAACAACAAAAGAUUCUUUCUACACCAAUAAUACAACAUCAACAGCCUGUGGCAUCAAUAUCAACAGCAACAACAACAACAGCAACCGUUGUAAUUACAGGAACUACAAUUCAUCCACCGUUAUCGCAAAAGAAUUCAAGUAAUCAAAUUACAAAUCCAAUUUGUAUAUCAAUUCUGCCAAAAGGACAGAUUAUUGAAGCUAUUGAUAAUCCAUUGUAUCAUGUCUAUGAGUAUAGAAGGCAGCCAGGACCAUCAAGACCAUUCUUUAAAUCACAGAGCAAUAAUGAAUUGCUAACAAUGGUUCGUGCUGCAUCAGUAAAUGAUAAAAUGAUUAGUCAAACUCAUCACAAUCAUUUAAAGAAUCCAUCAAAGCCAAACUCGCCAGCACAAAAUUCAGACCGUUCCGAUUCAAAUAAUGAACGUGAUCUGCCUCCACCCAUGCAAUUAAUGGAAUUUGAAAAGUGUCGUGAAGAAUUUCGAAAGCAAAUCAAUUAUUCUGGUUCAAUCUAUUCGGAUUUUAAGACACUUGCAUCGGAAAUGCCAUACUUUCAUAUCAGCGAUGAAUAUCGAUCAUUCUCGCCAGCCGGUGUUCACUUGAUAGUCUGUGUACACGGUCUCGAUGGUAAUUCAGCUGAUUUGAGACUAGUUCGAACUUAUUUGGAGCUUGGAUUGCCUGGUGCACAUUUGGAGUUUCUAAUGUCGGAACGAAACCAAGGAGAUACAUUUUCCGACUUUGAGACAAUGACGGAUCGUCUUGUGGGUGAAAUUUUGUACCAUAUCGAAUCGUAUGGAAUAAAUCCGAGUAGAAUAUCAUUUGUAGCACAUUCAUUAGGUACAAUAAUUGUAAGAUCAGCCCUGUCGAGGCCACAAAUGAGACCAUUAUUGCCACGUUUAUACACUUUUCUAUCGCUAUCGGGUCCACAUUUAGGAACACUAUAUAAUUCAUCGGGACUUGUCAAUAUGGGUAUGUGGUUCAUGCAAAAAUGGAAGAAAAGUGGUUCAUUACUUCAAUUAUGUAUGCGAGACUCGUCUGAUAUGCGGCAAAGUUUUCUGUAUCGUCUAAGUCAACGGAGCACAUUGCAUCAUUUUAAAAAUAUUCUUCUGUGUGGAUCAACACAGGAUCGUUACGUGCCACCUCAUUCAGCAAGAUUAGAGCUAUGCAAAGCAGCCAUUAGAGACCAAUCUAAUUUGGGUGUUAUUUACAGGGAAAUGGUUCACAAUAUAAUUGCGCCAAUGAUCUCGAGACCGGAAUUGACAUUAGCACGAUAUGAUGUUCACCAUGCCCUUCCAAAUACAGCAAACACUCUCAUAGGACGAGCAGCUCACAUCGCUGUGCUUGAUUCUGAGUUGUUUAUUGAAAAGUUUUUAUUGGUUUGCGGUCUCAAGUAUUUCAGUUAG